AAUUUAGUAAACGAUGACCUAGAGGCAAAGAGCGCACUUUGGACUUGCUUAUCAUUUUGUCCAGAUAGAUAUCUGGAAGUCUACACUGAAUGUAUACUGGUGAAGGAAGAAAGGAAAAGUUAAACGAAAAUCUGCGAAGAACUAGAUAUUUUAUGCCAAUACAUGUCGUUUUGUCUUCGGGCUUUAUCUGCAGAUGUGCUAGUGGAGAAGUUGAAAGUCAAAAUUGCUAGGGUGUAUUAUAACCAUGGACUGUUUAUUUCCACUCAUCCGGCUCCCGUGAUAACGAUUGUGUGCAUACUUAUGAUUUUCCUCUGCUAUCCUUUAACUCAGAUCCCGAUUGUUAAAGAAGUACCCAUACAUAGUGCGGUUGUUCGUGAUGAUGAAUUUCAGUCUUUUAAAGAUUCACGCUAUGUUUUCACUCAUGAUGAUCAAAACAAGAGCCUUGGGUACAUGCUUCAAAUAGUUGUGCACUCGACAAUAUUGACGAAAAUCCCUGAAUGUUAUGUGAAUCAUGAAACUAUCACCCAUUUACUUCAACAGAGUAAUAAGUUAGUUGAGCUUGUGCGCCAAUUCAGAAGCACUGGAGACGAUGGCAAAUCAGACGGACAAACAUUUGAUGAUAUCUGCUUCCAGGUUGAGGACAGGGCGGUCAGUGAAGUAGAAAGCUCAGAAACAAUAAAAGAUGUGUUACCGACAUUUGGAUGUCUUCUGUUAGCUCCUAGUUUCCUGUUAGAUGGUCAUCUUGGUGUAGUGCAGUCCCCUCAGCCGUCUGUUAUGUCACGUAUACGACUUGCAGCUGUUGGAAACCUGCGAGAUCUUUUGUUUGGAUUCCCUUGGAAAACAACAGGAUUGUCAAAAUACUCUGUAUGUAGUCGGAAGCAUACUGUUACAUAUGCAUUGACUUUGGUAUUUCGAGAAUAUAAACCUUCGUUUUUUUCUGAACUUCGAGACUAUCUUAUUUCUCAUAUGGAAAAUUUCCAUGGUAAUGUAGAUAUUACUAAAGAAACUCGAAAGUCUAGCGACAAAUCCAAUACAGCAUCAGUUGGACAUAUCUUUCUUGUUUGGUACAGUGAUCGAUCUUAUUUUGCUGACUAUGCACCAUUGAUAUUUAUAUACGUUAUCUUAUUACUUUAUGUAUAUUUUUCUGUCCGUAAAUUGGAGAUGGUUAAAUCGAAAUGGGGGUUAGCUUUGAGCGCUUGUGUUACUGUUGCUGCAUCACUCUUCAUGUCCAUUGGUCUGUGUGUAACUAUUGGCCUUGUAAUGCCGACACUAAAUGGAAGUGAAGUUUUCCCAUAUCUGGUAGUUCUAAUCGGAUUCGAAAAUGUUAUUGUUCUGACUAAGUCUGUAGUUGCGACUCCAUUGGACCUUCCAGUGAAAUAUCGCAUUGCUGAAGGUUUAAGCAAAGAAAGCUGGUCACUUACAAAACUCUACUUAACGGGAUUAUUGUUACUUGGUUUGGGAUUUUUUACAUUUCAUCCUACAAUGCAAGAAUUUUGUCUGUUUGCAGUUGUUGGUUUAACUACAGACUUCUUCUUACAACUUUUCUUCUUUGUUACAAUCCUUUCUGUAGAUAUUCGACGAAUGGAGUUAUCUGACCUUAUGUUGGAAUAUCCAGUCAAUUCACUUAUACAGGAACCUCAAAUGCUCCCACCUUUCUAUUCUACUACACCGUCUUCAUCAUCAUCCUCAUCUUUGGAUAUGCUUAUGUCUAACAAGUGUAUAACUGAGUCGUCUAAUUCAUCACAAGACAAAAUGUCUGAAGAAGACGAUGUUAAAGCCUGGCGCAAGCCUUUAUCAUAUUUAUUAUCACUUAUUUCUAAUAUGUGCUUUAUGUCAUUCAAAUCAACAAAAAAAGUGCUUCUACGUUCAAGGAUAACAUUUGUAAAGCGGCAUAAACGUACAGUUUCAGCUGCUCAGACAGCUGCGUAUCUAGCCUCUGAUGGUCGAACAUCCCAGAAUGUCCCAAGACGUCUUCGUGUUCUUCGUUGUUGGGCGAAAUCUCGACUGAUACAACGUGUACUUAUGCUGAUAUUCACUGUCUGGAUUAUUGGAUUUUUGAUACAUACUGUGGAUAUAUUUCAAUUGUUUUUCAAUAUAUUUCUACACUUUCGUAUAUUACUCUUACAAUAUACUUCAUUGAAUAACUGGUUAAAUCUGCCGUUAGAAAACAGUGACAAUAGUAGCCAUGAUAGUGAUUUGGAUAUAUCUUUAGUUAGUGAACAUUCAGUUCUGAAUUCGGAUGCUUUUAUCACACCUCAUGUUAAUUCCUCUGAAUCUCCUUUAUUUCUGGUGAAUUAUUCCACUCAUCAUGAACUUCAAGAAACUUUAUUGAAUAUUAGUAAUGCUAAUGUUUCAAUGACAUAUAUAGAUGCAGAAGAUUCAGAUUUUGAUGAUUAUGAUAAUUUUUCAAAUCGACAAGAAAUGAAUCAUCAUGAUGAUAUUAUUCAAGAACAUUAUAUUUCAUCUCUCCCUGAUGCUGAUAUCAAAUCUCAAGUAAAUAUGGCCAACAUUCCUCAUCGUCUACAAGUGUCUACAGGUACAAAAGAACAGUUUACCUGGGAUACGGUGUUAAUCUGGAAUUAUUUGGCAUAUUAUCAUUGGCCGUUGCUGGCUAAACAUUAUAAUCUAAGCCUGGUUGGUUGUCAUUUGGCUUUGUUAGAGCCAGUACAUUUGAAGUAUAGAUUCUCUAUGACGAAGUUAGAUAGUGGAAGUGGAAAGUCUAUGAAUUCUGAUCAGGAAUCUGUAUCGUAUAUACCGGUUGAACAUGAACGCACAUUAGAUAUGAAUAAUCUACGAUUUCUAGAUGAUAAUAUACUUUUAUCAAAUGAGAAAACUUCACAUCUACGUGCAUCAUCAACGUCACCUGGUGGUUUUACUGGUUGGACUGCUCGUCUCGGCUUAACUGCAUCUAUGCUUGGAACUAGUUUGCUGGGUUGCAGUUUAGUUCUACUGCUUACAUGUUUAGGAAUGGUUUGCUUACAGUCCAAGUCGUCAAAUUCUACUAAGCGUGAACCAAUAAUUCGUGUUCUACCGUUGACUAUCGAGCUUUUGAAUCUUCCUACAGACUUAAUAGAUUCGGAAUUUGAUCAAAGUUGUUUAUCAUCUCCAGAAUGGACAAUUGCCUGUGGUCAAGUAUACCAUAAAAAUAAGGAUAGUCUAUAUUCUCGCGGAGUUCUAGCAGUCACAUCUGUUCGGUCCUAUAUUCGCGUUAAAUCAGAUCGUUCUAAAGUUAUUCAGUUGUGGUGUGCAAACUCAGGAAAUCUUCUGAAUGAUUUAGAAAGAUACUCAGAAGCUGCUAGAGCUAGAAGAAGAAAAAUACCGCCGUGUAUACCUUGUCGAAAAUUUUCUACUGUCUGGUGUAUGGAGUUCUUACCUCAAGGACUUCUAGUUGUCGGAUGUAGCGAUGGAACAAUCGAGAUUUGGGACUGUGUUUCUGGACUUCUGAUGAAUAUUCUGUGUUUAAAUGAAGUCAAUGAUACUCGUUCGUUGUUUACGAAAGAAAAUAAAGAAAAUUCCGAUACAGUUCCACAGUCGAAAGUACAUCCUGGAGGAAUAACAGUGAUGAGGAUAAUUGAUGAAACUAGGUUCUGUGUAGGAACUAGUCACGGUGUUGUGGCUUAUUUCCAUCUACACAAUACUAACAAAAAUUCAUCGCAAAAUUCUUUACCAGUGCGUCAAUGGCAUUUACACUCACGUGCAAUUACUCAGUUAGACUUUCUAAAGUAUUUUGAUAAAGCCAUUAUUGAAAAUCAUCAUGAAAUACCAGAUAUAAAUUCAAAUGAUAUUGGAGUAAUUGUGAUCAGUGGAUCAGAAGAUGGUUGUGUUAAAUUUUGUUCUUCAGAACAUGACACCCCAUUGUUUCACUGUGGUGUAGACACUACACCCGUCCUGAGUAUGGCUCUAAAUCGUUUUGCGAUCGGUAUUAGUCAUGCUUCUGGAUCAUUGUACGUUUGUUGUCUAGAAAUAUUACUUAACAGAACCAGUAAAAGUGUAAAUUUUGAAGGCAAACAUUUAGUGAAACCGCUUGAAAUACGUUUAGUUGAACUAACAUUUCUAACUAACGGUUAUGGAGUUACUUCAACAAUACAAGAAACAUCUGCAUCAGCUUCAGUUCAAAAUAAAAAAUUAUCAACGCAUACUCGACCAGGAUCAAUAAAUUUACAAUUAUUUACACGGAUAGAAGGAUAUUCUGGUAAAACACGAAAAAAUUGUAAUAAAUUAUCAGCAUUGGCAAAUUAUCGUCUAGUUACCUAUGAUAUGGAUGGUACUGUUGUUAUCUGGGAUCUACAGCAAAAAUGCAUGAUAAGAUCUUUCAAAGCUGUAAGUUUUAUUUGUCUUAAGUAUUAUUUUACGUCAUUGUCAUAGUCAGCUCGUUAGUAGAUGACAUUUCGUGAUUCCAACUUUCUGUCCAAUUCUGAUACUAUGACGUGUAACGAACACUUGGACCCAGAAGUAAACUAUGUAACUUAAUGUUCGACAGUAGAUAUACAGUACAACUAACGCACAACCGCGUCGAAAGAUCUAUUUUUCUUCAGUUGAUGCGACUUUAGUUGAACGAUUGUUGUUGUGUAUUUUUUGUGUAAGUUUAUCAACAAUGAUAACAAUUGGUUUGAGAUAGUCACAAUAAUUAGUUGACUGGUUUUGUCUUCAUGAUUAAACAUCUUCGUAAUGUGCUCCAUACACGAAGUUGUUAUCAUCUAAUUUCAUCUCUGACACCCUGAAUUUCUGAAUUAUGGAUAUUUUACUGCAUACAAAGUGAAGCAUAGUGUAAUUUUUUCAUAGGACUAUGCUUCGCAAAUCUUUGGAGUACAGUCCCUCUCAUCCAUUAACCGUUGCCUAUCUAUCAGUCGAAAAUCGUAGGUAUAAUCAAAUGACAUCAUUGGAAACAAAUGCACAUACAACAGUUUUAUGACUUUUUCUAGCUUACUCUUCUUUAGUAGCUGCAACCUCCCCCCCCCCUGCUGUUCUAUGGCUCAAUGGUUUAGGGCGACGACUGUCAACCAGUGGGUCACGAGUUUCGAACCCCGCUCUACCUGCCGAGGUCUAGGCGGCCAUUUUGUAUCACAACCCCUCACAUAAAAAAUGUGCAUCAUUGCCUACUGCAUAAAUAUGUAGGACAUGGUUGAGCGCUUUUCUUUCUGUCUCUACAAUGCAGCCUGUUACCUUUCGGAGUGAUCAAACAUAUCAUCACGCACCAAACAAUCCAUUAUUAACUGUUUCUCCCACCUUACAUGUAAAUACCACUGUAAAGUGACUUAUUUCUUAUAAAAUCUUUUAUCUAGCGCAGGAAUAUAGUCAUGUUGCGUCUAUUUUGCUAGACAACAUUUGAUAUCUCUUGAGCAGUGAUAAAUCACUUAAUUAUACUGUAUCAGUGUUAAUGCAACUCAACCCGGUAAGGUUUAUGUACUAGGCUAUGAGUCACACAUUGUGUAGGGGUUUAUCCUACUACCCGUUAGCGUUACCCAAUGUAGAGGAGGCAAAGUUUGAACCCAGAACUCACCAGUUGAAAGUCGAAUAGUAAGUCAAUAAGCGAUAUGUCCAAUAACCGUAAUUUAGUAAAAUAUCGAGAAAUAUCAGCUCGAAAUCAUCUCAAGAACCAAUCGAAUUUUACUGUGAAAUACGUUCGAAUCGAAACACAUUCAGCUGCAUUGUGCACAUCCGUGCAGUAGGCGCAAUAAGCCACACCUAUUGUUUGAGGGCUAGCUGCCCGAACCUCGGUAGGUGAAGUGGAGCUCAAAGCCAUGGUCCAAAGUUGGGUAAUAACCUCCAUAAACCACUAAGAUGUAUUCACGAUAUUGUGAUUUUCUUUUUAAGUCUGUGAAUACACUUUAGGCUUAUUUGUGUUCAAUAAGGAUUUCUACUUAUUUUGUUUUAGAAUUUAUCAACGUUCAAUAUGUUGAAUUUAUUGUUAUCUGUUGGUGGACGUGUAGUUUUUGGUGAUCAGAGUUAUCUACGUGUUGUAAAUCCAUGGACUGCUAAAUACGAACGUUCAGUUCAACUCUUACCACCUUCUUCUGUAAAUAUGAGAAGUUCACAUAAUUCGAAUUCUUCACAUCUCUCUACUUUAUUGCGUCGAUGGACAAAGGAAUUAGUUCCACUUGGUGUUACUGGUGGUGAUUUUAAAUCUUCCAAGGCAUCUGAAUUAUAUUUAAUCGCUAAUGGAAGUACUGAACACGUGAAUUUAACUCCAAUUAAUCUAAAAACACCAAUAAGAACUGGUGGAUUAUAUGUUAUCAGUAUAGCUGAUGGUGGAAGAACACUAGUUGUAGUACCUGUAUCUACAAUUAAAUUUGAUUAACUUUAGUCUUUGUAUACAUUUUUAUUUCUUCAAUACUGUGUAAAUGCAAAAUAUUUCUACA